AUGCCGCCUAAAACCUCGACAGCACGAGGCCGCUCCCAACACGCCCGCAACUCCUCCCUCUCCUCCCUCUCCUCCCUCUCCUCCCUCUCCUCCCUCUCCUCCCUCUCCUCUCAAUCCGCCAACGAAAAAGAACCGGAAGAGCCAUUCCACCCAGCCGCUGACGCAGCCACGUUCCGCGACCUUCUCAUCUUCGAGGAGCGUCUAAAACAGAAUGCAGCACGAUUACAAGCACGAAAACGCAAAUACGAACUGCUUCUAUUCGGUUUCGUCACUUUCAUCCUCCUUCUAUCCCAUUUCGUCGUCACUUCUCCCCGCUCAUCUGCGUUUCUGCAGUAUAGUCUGGCGGCGGUGCUGAUGAUCUGCCUUACCACGCUGUUUUUGUUCUUUGCAAGUGGAAUGCACGCAGAGAGGAUAAGAUCCGCGAACAAGUUCGUACCACAGGCCAAUCGGAGUUUGAGGAACUUCAAUAUGUAUCUGAAUACAAAGACGACCGCUGAUUCAAGGUGGUGGUCGAUAACAAGACUGUUGAGGAGUACGGAACCAGUGAGGAGGCAUGCUUCGAGUACAACGGGUUUGACUGAAAACAGUCGAUCAGGUUCCAAUACCGGCACAUCCACACCCCGAAGAGCCCUCUCAUCCAUACCACCAUCGCAAAACAGCAGAGGAGAGCUCAUAUUCAGCAACAAAGUCAGUCCGGAGUUCAGAGAAGGGUAUGAAAGGUACAGAGCUGCAUUCGAGAGAAGAAGAGCGGAAAGGAUGGCUGCUAAGCGAGCACAGAGUUGGAAGCGAUGGUUCGAUUGGGUCCUUGGUCGACCAUCUCUUCCACCACCACGAAAGAGUGGAUCAACAACAGCAUCACCGCACUUGGCCCAGGCAUCAAUAAGACCUUCAGCACGGAAUGGCAAAUUCCGCUCAGCACGCACCACAAGAGCGUCAGCGUCAGCAUCGCAAGCAGGAUCAGGCUCCGAAGCAGCCAGCCCAGCACGCUCAACGCCACAGCUCGACGAUCUUAGCGAAGGUGGCUUGAGUGAAGGUGGGCUUAGUGAUGAUGGCUAUCCCCCGUCUAUUGGCGGAUCUAGUAUGUCAGGUCAUUAG